UGAACAUGAGGUAUUUUCCUGUGAAAGCUUUUCGAAUUUUGAAUUGAAUUUCCGUAUGUCAUGCAAAUGAUUCCAGAACGAAGUGCGAUAUCGAUACUGCCUGGCCAGUCGACUGGCCGAAGACCCCUGGGGAUGGUCAAGAAUAACCCUGAGCAAGUUGCUCGAAGGACUCUGCUUUAGUUUCAUGUUGUCUUUUGCUGAACCUGAAACGCUAGCACAGGAUAGGAAACGGCUGAAGACACUGUCUGACGCAUCUGCCUCCUCAACCCCAAAGGAUAAGCGAAAUGUCGUUCAGAUCCACCCACCGUCUUAUUAUCUCGUCUAUGAUCGCCUUUCGUCUAGUCACUUUAGUCUGCCUUGUGACGGCUUUCGGCGAACCUAUGCGGCUGUGUGUGACAAUUUUCGCAGCCCGUAUCGAGAGGAAAUCAUCUGGCCGUCAGAUUUGGUUGACGCCAUAUUGGCGGUGGUCAGAAAGUCGAGUACACUCCGCAAGCUGCAUCUGCGGAACUGCGGCCUUAAAAGCGAAUUUUUGCUCGGUUUGUGCAGUGCCUUAAGUGCCAAUCCAUCGAUGCCAUUGGAAGAGCUGGAUUUGUCGGAAAAUUGUUUCGACGAGAGCAAAAGCGUCGUUCAGUUUUGCAGCUGUCUCUCGUCGCUCAAGACAUCGCUCGAGGUAGUGAAGUUCGAAAACUGUGGACUGAGCGUGAAGAGCGUCCACGCGUUGUGCGCCGCGUUGUCUUCUCAUCAGGAAAAGUUUAGGGUGUUUUCGCUUGCUGACAACAUCCUGAAGGAUGACCCUAGACUUAAUGGCGGAAUUGAGAGUUUGCUGAAUCUUUUGAGCUGUUGUUCUUCGCUGGAAGUGAUCGAUUUGUCGGGAACUUCAAUCGCUCUUGACAGGAUUUGGACGUGUCUUAAAAAGACAUGUUCCUCGCUUCACACGCUGAAGCUUUCGCGGUGCGUGUUUCCAACAGCAAAGUGUAAGGAUAUUUCGCUACAGACCUCGAUCAAAGACUUCUUCGCGUCAUGUACUGCGCUCAAGUACAUCGACAUGGCGGCCUGUUCAAUUCCAGCCGAGACGCUGAAGUUUCUGCUGUUGGGACUGGUAUGCAAUCAAGCGGUCAACGACGUGUACCUGAACUUGAACUCGAUCGCCUCCGAUAGACAGUGCUUUUCUGUGUUAGAGACCUGUGCGCCGAACCUUCGUUGCGUCACCGAGUUGGCUCUUCGGGACAACAAUAUGGAAGUGCUAGCGUCAGACAUCAUGCAAAGCAUUUCACGCAUGCCUAAUCUUCAACGACUUAACAUCGGCGGUGCCAACUUCACCGGUCUGAAAAAGAGCCAACACCGCACUAAACCACACAUCGUGCUAGACGUCGUCGACAUGAUUACAACAGACAAUGUCCUGCAAUGGAUUGAUGGCAGUAGCGGUGUCGGAUCGAGCCGUUUGUCGCUGACCGAACUGAACCUGUCCGAUUGCCAUCUGGGCAAUGCGCUGUCAUCGAUUCUGAAUGCGCUCGGUUCGUCGCCGGUGCUGAAGAUUCUCAACGUGUCCGGCAACGACGUGGGCAACGUCGGCGCGCGGCUCUUGGCGAAGGCCCUGCAGAUCAACGACUCUCUUGAAUCCGUUCACAUCGAUCAGAACCAAAUCGGCAUCGAGGGUUACGAGGAACUAUCAAAUGCUUUGACAGUGAACUCCUCGUUGGUUUUCAUGCCGUAUCCCGUUAAUGACAUCAACGAAUGCUUCAAAUUAAACAGGGAACGGACGGAAAAAGUUUGGUUACAGGUAUCCAUCGAUGUUUCGGUUUCUUUGAGCGUAUAG